AGGGGGAGGGGCGGAGGAAAGGGGGGCGCGGGAAACUUGGGUCGCGUGCUGUAGGCGGUGAAUCGUCGCCCCGCUAGCGCCAUGGCGUCGGAACUCUAUGAGGUGGAGAAGAUAAUAGACAAGCGGAAGACACGCAAGGGUCGUAUAGAAUAUCUGGUCCGGUGGAGAGGAUUUAACAGCGAUGGGGACACUUGGGAGCCUGAGCACCACCUUACAACCUGCACGGAAUACAUCAAAGAGUUUGACGAGUGCCAGAGGCUCAGCUUUAACAAAGCCCAAGAAGUGGCGAAUAAGCAGAUUCCGCGGUCGCCACUUCAACCACAGUUGCAACGUACAAGCCUUCCAAACAUCAUCACAGAAAAGGAGAGUCUGGCUUACUCGCAAACGCGGAAAUCGUCGUUUUCCUUCAUUGGGAGAAGCCCAAUGGACCUCUCCCAGACGGGAAUCAAAGUUCUUGUACCAAAGUUGGAGUCCAGAGGCAGUAAUUUGCUCACUAGUUUGCAUGGCACCGUUAAUGCCACCAGCGACUUCAUAUUCAAGGACGAAUUGGGCAACGCAGCUCAGGCCCCGGGAGAAGAGCGGCUGCGUGGAGAGAAGAUCAUUCUGACUCCCAAUGGAGGCAGUCCUACAGAGAGGGCCAAGAUGGGCUCAAGGGCCAUGAGGCCACAGGGGCGGAUCACAGUUCAGCUUAUGGCGAAACAGAUUUGCCGCUUGGACAAAGCUUCUGCGCUGGUGGGGGACAGUAAAGACGAGCACUUGGGCCAGGACAGCCAAUCACAGGCAUCCAUAUUGGAGCCACAAGUCAGCCUACCUCUGGUGUUUCCAGCUCCUGGCCAACCCAGCCCAUCCCUCUCCAAUGCCGUACCUCAGGAAGGGAUCCCGCCGCCAUACGGGAGCGGCGCCCACGUAGGCUCCACGGCCGUCGGCGGCGCCCCCACCGUGGGCAGCGGCGUCGGAGGAAGCGCCGGGAAUGGAAAGCGGGCUGUGGGGGACGAGCGCCAGGGACUACAGCUCGACAAGCGGCAGCGCUGCAGCGUGCGGCAGACUGAGACGUCGUGCCGCUACCGCAACAUCGUGGUGCGCAAGCUGGACGGGUACACGCACAUCCAGCUCUCGACCAAGAAUGCCGGCAACAGCCUCAGUGUGGAGGUGAUGAAGGAGAUCCAGAAGGCGAUGGGUAAUGCCGCGUGCGACGAGAACCGCCUGCUGCUGCUGGGCGCCGUGGGAAACGUGUUCUGUAGUGGACUGGACUUUCUGCCUUUUGUCAAUGGACUCGCUGACAACCCUGAGGGGGGGAGCUCUCGCAUGGUGGACGCCAUUAGGGAGUUUGUGAAUGUGUUCAUUCAUUUCCAGAAGCCGAUCGUGGCGGCAAUCGGCGGCCCCGCGGUCGGGCUAGGCGCUGCCUUGCUGGCGCUGUGUGAUCUGGUUUGGGCCAGCGACAAGGCCUGGUUCCAGACGCCAUACACGGCGACCGGACAGACCCCCGAUGGCUGCUCGUCCUUCACUUUCCCUCGAGCCAUGGGCACGCUAGCCGCCAAUGAGGUGCUCUUCUGCGGUAGAAAGCUGACGGCGUUACAAGCGUGCGAGAUGGGUCUGGUGUCGCAGGUGUUGUGGUCCAGCACCUUUUCCCAGGAAGUUGUGGUGCGGGUCAAGGAGCUCGCCUCUUGCCAGUUGACAGUGUUAGAGGAGACGAAGAAGCUGCUCCGGUGCGGACUGACGGCCGAACUAGAGGCGGCCAACCAGCGCGAGUGUGCGGCGCUGCAGAGGAUCUGGAGCUCGGUGGAGGGGAUGGACUCUCUUCUCAAGUACCUACAGAAGCGCAAGAUGGAAGAUUUGUGACCGGCGCAGUUUCUGUGUUUUUGCUGUUUUGGCUGCCCGUCGCCACUCAAAGUGAAGGAGUGCAGCAGGAGGUCAGCUGCACAAGCGGGGAACCCCCCCCCUCCAUAUCCAUCCCUGCACUGUGUGACUUCUCAACUUUCGACAGUCGUACUCUCGGUUUGUUUUCGUUACUGAAUUCUUUACAAACUAAAGCACGCGAAUGAAAAAAAAUGUGUAAAGAAAAGGCAGCAAUUUCUCAUAGUGUGCGUUCGACUGAUGGAGAUGCGAAACUACCACGCACACCACCCCCCCACCUGGAAGCACCCACUGUGGGGUUAGCACACGGGCGCUCAACUGCACACAGGCAUUCAACUGGACACAAGUGUAUGUUGAAAUGUGUUGAAAAGCUUUUGAUGCAUCUGACAUUGCUGCCUCUGAAAACAAGUUCGUAGGUUGUUCGUGGAUCGUCUUGGCCUUCCAUUUGGGUUUUGCACCACACGGCGCCGUUGUAAGAAGUCAAAACGACGACAGCCAUGCUGCCGCCUUGUUCGUUGAAGUGCCUCUACAUGUUUGAGGAAGCAGUUUUUGUUUAUUUAAUGCUCGGAUUUUUCGUUGCAUGUUUGAACCAUGUAAAUAUGUAGUAGUUUUACAUUUAAUACGUUUCAACCUACUGUAUUAUUCGUACAUUAUUUUAUUCGGCCCUCGUGUUACCGUUUUGUGGUCCCAAGUUGUUAUGACCUCCAAACUAAGCAUAAUAUUCUCCUGCAGAUCUUUCACGGGCCUCUUUAUGUCUAAGUGUGGCCUCACACCAGUGCAGCGUCAUUGACCUCCUGACUUGUAGGGACGCCGUUCUGCAUGCCAUGCAGUGUUAACAGUCAGAAUGUGAGACAACCAUUAUGACCCAAUGUCGAAUAACCAUGGGAGUCCAGGUAAGUCUAUUAUUUAAUGAGGUACAACGUAUUUCUUGCCCCACCUGUAAUAAAUGCUAACGUUCGGACCAACCAAACUAGCUCGGUAAACCAGAGCCACAGCCACCAGAACACCAAUCUACACCCUCAUCCACAUAUUUGGCGUGAGAGGACUAAUUUUAUGAAAAUGUAGAUUUUUGUUUCAUUUUGUAUUUUAUUCUGUUGCAUUUGUUAAUGUAUGGUUGUAUGUGAAAUUAUACUGCAUUGUAGUCAGUAUUGUCUAAUUUGUUUUGUGUAUUGUAUAAAGCGCAUCAUCAACAACA